ACCGCAACAAAUCCUCCAUCUUCCUUAUAACCCAGCCUCAUAAAUAGAGGGAAGUAGUUACCCUCUUGUUUUCAACACUUAGAUAGUGGUCCAGUGGGUCCUAGCAUAAACGCCCCAGAAUACGAAUAUCUAAAACUAUGGCAACGAAUACAUCCCCUCAACAGCCCCGCGGCAGGCUCCGCGAUGUCAUACCAGAAGCACAUCUCGGGUUCUGGUCACCUGGUCCUAAAAAUGGCAUCACAGAUGUCUCAGGCGUCCUUGCCCACACGACCACUAUUCGUGAUGAGAGCGGUCAAAUCAACACAGGAUUAACCACCAUCCUCCCUCGGAGAGACUGGUUCCACAAGGCCUGUCAUGCCGGCGUCUUCCGUCUCAACGGAUCUGGAGAAAUGACUGGGACACACUGGAUCGAAGAAAGCGGUCUCUUGCACUCGCCCAUUCUCAUCACCAACAGCUUUGCCGUUGGGCAGUGUUAUACCGGCAUCUACAAGUACGCAAUUGAACAUUAUGGAAAAGGCGAGGAGGGCAUCGAUUGGUUUCUACUUCCAGUCGUCGCUGAGACGUUUGACGGGCAUCUCAACGAUCUGAGACGGUUUGCUGUGACGCCGGAGCACGUAGUGCACGCCAUCGCCAAUGCCUCCGAGGAGCCAAUUGCUGAGGGCAACGUGGGCGGCGGGACAGGUAUGCUGUGCCAUGGGGGCAAAGGCGGUACCGGAACCAGCAGUAGGAUCGUGCCCGGGCAGAACGAGACGUCUUAUACGGUUGCCGCUCUUGUCCAGGCCAACUACGGGAGACUACAGCAUCUGCACAUAUCAGGCGUCCCAGUCGGACGAAUCCUACAAAAGAGAAGGGCAAAAGACGAAGCCGCCGCUGCUCAUGACAAAGCGUACAACGACGCAAAAGACAAGAAAGACGGGUCCAUUAUCGUCAUACUAGCCACGGAUGCACCGCUUCUUCCUGGCCAGCUCCAGCGAUUGGCCAAGCGAGCGACCAUAGGCCUUGCGCGAGUGGGCAGCUACGCUCACAACCCCUCCGGUGAUCUAUUUCUUGCAUUUUCUACGGCUGCUGAGAUCCCUGUGCAGCCAGUCCCUGGCGAGGAUAGAGUCAUUGAUCCUUUCAAACCUGAGCUGAUUGAUGUGGAGGCGACUGAUAACAAGACUAUCAACGGGCUUUUUGAAGCAGCGGCUGAUGCUACGGAGGAGGCUAUAUAUAAUGCGCUUUGUAUGGCUGAGACGAUGACGGGCAAUAUGGGCCGGACGGUGGAAGCCCUGCCGUUGCAAGCUACCAGGGAGAUUAUUGCCAAAUUCAAGGAGGCUGAGGAUUCAUUCGAGUAGACGGUGGAAGUAGUAUAUAGAUUGAGGAGGUAACCUGUUCAGUGUUCUUUUAAACCAAUCAGCUUGUUCAACCUAUUCAAGUCAGAAUAGUAACUCUCGUUGUUAGUGUCGGCAGAUCGGACCAGGUUGUUGAGCUUGGAUGCCGAUUACGUGGAUGUUUAUGCAGGCUUGGUCGAAACGUUUUCUAGGGCGCACUGUAUGCAGUAGUUUAGACGCUGGGUGUUUCACCUCGAGGAGAUCCAAGAAACGGAAUGCACAGCCACAUAAAAUAAGGAGAAUAUUGUCCAAAGAUCAGUUGGAAACUACCCGGGAGCUGUUGGCCAAUGACUGAUGUUCGUCAGGGUUGGGCUGUAUCGUGAACAAGAUCAAGGUUGGCAG